CGGACGUCAGAUGACCUUUGGCACAGUUCAGAGUCUGUGAAGAAGAAGCAGCUAGAAGAGUCCAAGAUGAACAGAGCUCUCAGCAAAACUAACCUGAGACACCUGACUGGUCUCCUCCAAAGGUUUCAGAGCACCUUGGUGGUUGCAGAGCACAACAAUGAAAAACUGACCCCUAUUACACUCAAUGCCAUCACUGCUGCUAACAAGCUGGGUGGAGAGGUGUCCUGUCUGGUUGCAGGAACAAACUGUGCAAAGGUCGUGGAGGAAAUCAGCAAAGUCCAGGGUGUGAAGAAGGUCCUGGUGGUUCAGAAUGAUUGCUACAAAGGUGCUCUUCCAGAGGAGUUGACUCCACUCAUCUUGGCAACACAAAAGCAGUUCAACUACACUCACAUCUGUGCUGGUGCAUCUGCCUUUGGAAAGAACUUGCUUCCCAGAGUGGCUGCCAAGUUAGACGUUGCCCCAAUUUCAGACAUUAUUGAGAUCAAGUCUCCAGAUACUUUUGUCAGAACCAUCUAUGCUGGAAAUGCUCUCAGCACCGUGAAAUGUAACGAGACCGUCAAGGUCUUCACCGUCAGAGGGACGUCCUUUGAGGCAGCUUCAACAGAUGGAGGGAGUGCUUCAUCAGAAGAUGUGGCGGCUUCUUCUGCUACUGGAAUUUCUGAGUGGAUUGAACAAAGUCUGACAAAGAGUGACCGCCCAGAGUUGACCAGUGCCAAGGUUGUGGUAUCAGGAGGAAGGGGCUUGAAGAGUGGAGAUAACUUCAAGCUGCUUUAUGACCUUGCUGACAAAAUGAAUGCUGCAGUUGGUGCAUCCAGAGCUGCAGUGGAUGCUGGGUAUGUCCCAAAUGAUUUGCAGGUUGGACAGACUGGCAAGAUUGUAGCACCGGAGCUGUACAUCGCUGUUGGUAUCUCUGGAGCCAUUCAACACCUUGCUGGAAUGAAAGAUAGCAAGACUAUUGUUGCUAUCAACAAGGACCCAGAGGCUCCGAUUUUCCAGGUGGCUGACUAUGGCUUGGUAGCUGAUCUAUUCAAGGCUGUUCCUGAGAUGACUGAAGCAUUGAGCAAGUGAGGAGGAAUAAAGCAUCACCAAGCUUCCAUCGCACGUCUGUAACCUGCAGUAAGAAGAAUUCAGAGUGACCACAGGAACCCGCAGUCUUGCCUUAAAAUAUUUCUGAAUGCCUGUGCGCAAAUAAUUUCACUGUCGACAUCUUCUCUCUGGCGGGCAUCAGAACUCAGUCUAGAAUGAAAUGCCAGUUUUUAUAUACACUUGUGUUAAAUGUCAACCUUUAGAGUUCUUCUUACCUUUGGGAGGAGGUUGUUUACACGCCUCCAGUAGUACAGGAACUUACUUUCAGGUACAGUAAAGGCCAUGUUUGGGAACACACAUACAUGAGAUGUAAUUGCUCAUGCUAAGCUAGAGGAUGUGUACUUUUCUGAGAUGCUCUUGAAAAAUGAUGUAUUAAAUUAACAACUGUCAUUCACA